AUGGCUUUGCUCCAUCCCUUCACCAGCCUCCUGCUCCUCCUCGCUGUGCCCCUUUUGUGGGCUGCAAUCCAGUCCCCGCUGCCCCCCAGCUCCCUGCCUGCCGCCGCCCCGCUGCCCCUCCUGCAGGUCCUGCAAGUGCGGGCACCGGGCAGCCGGGGCUGGCGAGCGGGGCCAGUGGGCGGACAGCCCCUGCGCUACAUGCUGAACCUGUACCGGCGAGCGGCCGACCGGGAGGGGCGGCCCCGCCACGGCCGCAGCCUGGGCACCAAUACUGUCCGCCUGGUCCGGGCCACUUCCCACGGGGGUCAUCCCUGGGCAGGUCGCUGGUACUUGCAGCCACUCACCUACCACCUGGAGGGCCAGCCAGAGGCCGAGCACCUCCUCCGAGCCACUGUGGUCUACCUGCCCAACCUGCCACUGGCCCACGGUCACCUCCUCUGUGCCCUGGAGCUGGUAGCCACCAGUGAGGCACGUGGGGCACUGCUCAGCCCUACCUCCCACCCCCGCCGUGGCUGGGCCGAAGCAGAUGUCACCCCGUACGUGGUGCUGGGAAAUGGCAGUGUAGGCAGCCUGGCACUGCGGCAUAUCUGUGUGCACGCCAGCCGGGCGGGGGACCGUGAUGCCCCGUUGACACCCAGCCAGCCCUUCCUUCUCCUCUACCUCAAUGACACCCGAGCUGGGCUGGCACCUCCAGCAGCAGAGUCCUACCGUCAUCGGCGUGACACGGGGACUCUGGCCCAUGACCUGCCUGGCUACCUGCGGGAGCAGGGAAGGGAGAAGAGUGACUGCUCUCUGCGGCCCUUCCCAGUCAGCUUUGCCCAGCUGGGCUGGGACCACUGGAUCAUCGCUCCCCACCGCUACAACCCACGCUACUGCAAGGGGGCCUGUCCCCGCCUGCUCCGCUAUGACUACCACUCACCCAACCACGCCGUGGUGCAGAGCUUUGUCCAUCAGCUGGUGGAUGCCAAUGUGCCCCGGCCCUCUUGUGUCCCCUACCGCUACAGCCCCAUCAGUGUCCUCAUGAUCGAGCGUGACGGUGGCAUCCUCUACAAGGAGUACGAGAACAUGAUCGCAGAGUCCUGCACGUGCCGGUAA